AUGAUCAGACGCACGCCUACCAUGAUUCCAAUGUCAGACGCCGAUGUCCAAGAAAUUAGAGACCUCGUCGCAGACCAAAAGUCUCGCUUUGAGGCCAAGCAAAAGACCCUCCUCGCAAUGAAAAAAGUGGCUGAGCAUCCAAUUCAGCCAAAUGAUCCAGAAACCUUGCCGUGGUUCCAGCUAUUGGUGGCUGAGAGGAAUAGACGGCUCGGUAUACCUGCCCCGAGCACAGGUAUUCGUGGGAGCGCAGGUAUUCCUGGUCCGAGUACAGGUUCUAGCGAUACAAAUGCGAGGUAA